AUGGCUGCUUCGGAAGAAGGGACCGGCUGCUUUCUCCCGCGAGGCAGGUCGCAGAGUGACCCCAGCAUCCUUACCGACCCCGCGGGCCCCGGCGUCGGGGAGCACUCAGAUGAGAUGGAGCAGUCCCCUGCAAUGCGUUCUGACUACUUGGUCUCAGGGAUUCGAACUCCGCCCGUGAGGAGGAACAGCAAACUGGCAACACUGGGCAGGAUCUUCAAACCAUGGAAGUGGCGGAAAAAGAAAAAUGAGAAGUUGAAGCAGACAUCUGCAGUGCUGGAGAAGAAGAUGACAGCACGACAAGGUCGGGAUGAACUCAUUAAGAAAGGCCUACUGGAGAUGAUGGAACAAGAUAAUGAAGGCAAAGCCUGCACCGGUGGUGAUGCCACGAGAGCAACACAGAGUGAACCUCCAGCUCCCAUGUGCCAGGCACUUGCCUCAGAAGAGGUGCAACAAGAGAGUAAAACAGCAACCACAACGAAUGUGACCUUGAUUGGUGAGGAGCUGCAUUUGGAUGAGCUGAAAGAAGAUGCAGCCAAGAAACCUUCAGCACCCACGGAAGAAUUUGAAGAUGCCAGCCUGCCAGCAUCUGAAGACAGUCCACAAGCCUUACUUGUAUCUGAAUCCACAGAUUCCCCCCAGAAAGAGACAGAAAGAAACCCAGCCCAGCUUCCUAGCCCUCCAUUGCUCCCAGCUCCACCACCUAAGGCAAUCUCCAAAAUGGCAAAGGGCAUAACAGGAAGUGAGAUAGAUGACCCAGCCAUGAAAUCUCCUCCUUCCACCAUCCUGAAGAAUUAUGUCAUUGUUGGCUCCUCCCAAAUCUCAGGACAAGCUGCCCUCUUCCAUCCCUCCAGCCAGAAAAGUUCAGAUCCCCAUGUCAGAGGACAGGUAACAACACCAACUGGUUCCCCUCACCUGGCUGCCGUCCACCUGCCUUUACCUCCCAGCAAAGUCAUUGAAGAACUCCACAGGGCCUUGGCCACCAAACACCGUCAGGACAGCUUCCAUGGAAGAGAAAGCAAAGGCUCUCCAAAAAAGAGAGUGGAUGUCCGUCCAUCCAGAACAUCGAGUAUUGAGCACAACAAAGAGAAGGAGAACUCCCUGGGUUACAGCAGUGACUCAGAAAACAAGCGGAACUCAGUUAAAGAGUCAGAUGAGAACAAGGAAAACAUGAUCAUGAACUCAGAGCUCAAGGAAGACUCUGUUUUUUAUCAGGACGAGGAAGUUUUGAAUGACUCUGUCAUUUCUGGUACUUUGCCAAGAAAAUGCAAGAAAGAACUGCUGGCAGUAAAGCUACGAAACAGACCAAGUAAGCAGGAGCUGGAAGACAGGAAUAUUUUUCCAAGGAGAACAGAUGAGGAAAGACAGGAAAUCCGGCAGCAAAUUGAAAUGAAACUCUCAAAGCGACUCAGCCAAAGACCUGCUGUUGAGGAGCUAGAAAGAAGAAAUAUCCUUAAACAACGAAAUGAUCAAACAGAACAGGAAGAAAGAAGGGAAAUCAAACAGAGACUGACAAGAAAGCUUAACCAGAGACCUACAGUUGAUGAACUAAGAGACAGAAAGAUCCUGAUUCGAUUCAGUGAUUACGUGGAAGUGGCAAAAGCACAGGACUAUGACAGACGAGCAGAUAAACCAUGGACAAGACUAUCAGCAGCAGAUAAGGCAGCAAUUCGGAAAGAGCUAAAUGAAUACAAAAGCAAUGAAAUGGAGGUACACGCCUCAAGCAAACACUUGACAAGGACUCAGAUUGAUGUCUAUGGCAAGCCAUCACUGCAGUGA